CAGCCGGUUGCGCUGAGCCGGCGGGUCGCUCCUCGCCGUCGCCAUGGGGAAAUCGUUCGCCAACUUCAUGUGCAAGAAGGACUUCCACCCCGCCUCCAAGUCCAACAUCAAAAAGGUAUGGAUGGCGGAGCAGAAAAUAUCCUAUGAUAAGAAGAAACAAGAAGAAUUAAUGCAACAGUAUCUCAAAGAACAGGAGUCCUAUGAUAACAGGUUGCUUAUGGGAGAUGAGCGUGUGAAGAAUGGUCUUAACUUCAUGUACGAGGCCCCACCUGGAGCAAAGAAAGAGGAAACUAAAGAGCAAGAAGGAGAGACUGAAUACAAAUUUGAAUGGCAAAAGGUCGCCCCUCGAGAAAAGUACGCUAAGGAUGACAUGAAUAUCAGAGACCAGCCGUUUGGCAUCCAGGUGCGGAAUGUGAGGUGCAUUAAGUGCCACAAGUGGGGCCAUGUAAACACUGAUCGAGAAUGUCCGUUGUUCGGCCUCUCUGGAAUCAACGCGAGCUCAGUGUCCAGUGAUGGUUCAGGGCCAUCAAUGCACCCCUCGGAGCUAAUAGCGGAGAUGAGAAACAGUGGGUUUGCACUGAAACAAAAUGUACUGGGGAGAAACUUGACCGCAAAUGAUCCAUCACAGACCUCCACUGGCAUCUUCUUUGGCUGUGAUCUGGUGAACUGGCUCAUCCAAGUUGGCCUCUCCUCUGACCGUGGUGAAGCUGUGAUGUACGGAGACAGACUGAUGAAAGGAGGUGUCAUCCAGCAUAUUACAAAUGAAUUUGAAUUUCGGGAUGAAUAUUUAUAUUACCGCUUUGUUCAAAAGAGAGCAACUACAGCUGAGAGCCAAUGA